AUGCCGGCCAACCACCGCCAGGCGGCAUCACAGACGCCUGCGUCUCCCAACACAAAGGCCACGGCUCGCUACACCAACAAAGACGGCUCCAAGAUCAUCACCCCAUCGACCCCGACCUCGUCGGCAAGGGCCCCGAGUGUGCAGGCCACAGCCACCAGCGGUGCCGACGACUCGGCGCCUACUGUCAACCGCAAGAAGCAGAAGCGUCGCGCAAAGGCGGCCGCGAAGGCUGCCGCCGAGCAGGCCGUCGGCCAAACGCCCAACGGACGCUCAAGUCCCGCAUCUGGCGCACCCGCCUCCAAACCUCAGGCUACCCAAGAUGACGACGACCAGGACUCCAGCGACGACGACGCCGACGACCACCACUCCCUCGAGGACCACCCCGGUGCGAACGGCGUUGCCUCGACCAAAUCGAAAAAGUCCAAAAAGAAGAAGAAGAAGAACGCAAAGAACCCGCAUCUCGCCAACCCCCAGUUCGACAACGUCCCGCAUUCCCACUCCCACUCGCCAUUGACGCCCCGUGGGCCUGGAAUCUCCAAGGAUAAGAUCUGGAACACCAGCUCGCAGGAGGAGAGGGAACGCAUCAAGGAGUUCUGGCUUGGGCUCGGCGAAGAUGAGCGCAAAUCCCUGGUCAAGGUUGAAAAGGACGCCGUUCUGAAGAAGAUGAAGGAGCAGCAGAAGCACACGUGCAGCUGCACCGUCUGCGGCCGGAAGCGCACCGCCAUCGAGGAGGAGCUGGAGGGCCUUUACGACGCCUACUACGAGGAGCUCGAGACGUUUGCGAACAACGGGGAGGGACCGCACAUCCUCCCACCCCACCGCGAAUUCCCCUUGCGACCCUCACGCCUUCCGUCAACCUACUCGGGGCAACCGCCGUCGCGCGGUCGCAUAGUGGAACAUGUGGGCGAUGACGAGGACGAAGAGGAUCCCGAGGAGGAGUACAGCGACGAAGAAGACGAGCUCGAGGACGAGGAGGAAGAGGAAGAAGACGACGAGUACAGCGAAGAAGACGAACCGCCAGAGGAUGCUCACCCUCACGAUCGAGAUGUGGCCGACUUCUUGACCUUUGGUAACAGCCUGCAAGUCAAGGGUAUGCAGCUUCUGGACUCUCUACUCUGCAGAUAUGGUAACAUGGACUUAGGCGGCAUACUCACCGUUGCGGAUGACCUCCUCAAGAACGACGGCAAGCGCUUUAUCGAAAUGAUGGAGCAGCUCGCCGAGCGCCGCAUGGCGCGGGAAGAGGACGCCAAGGAGCACUUUUCCCGCGGCUACGGUCAUCCCGCCAACGGCUCUUACUCGAAUCAUAACCAUCCUCCUCCCGAAGACGACUACGACGACGAAGACGAGGAGGAGGAUGAGGACUAUGAUGACAGCCAAGAAGAGGAAUACGAGGAUGAAGAAGUGAGCUCCUCUCAAUACACAUAUGACCAUAAACACUCGAGUACUGAGCAUUACUGUUGUCAUCAUCAGGACACGAUGACCGAGGAACAGCGCAUGGAAGAGGGUCGUCGCAUGUUCCAGAUCUUCGCCGCUCGAAUGUUCGAGCAACGGGUCCUGACAGCCUAUCGGGACAUGGUCGCCAAGCAACGCCAACAACAGCUCAUCGAGGAGCUCGAGGAGGAGAACCGGCAAGACGCUCAGCGAAAGGCAAAGAAGGCCAAGGAGAACCAGAAGCGCAAGGACAAGGCCGCGUUGAAGAAACAGCAGCAGGCCGAGGAGAAGGCGCGGAAGGAGGCCGAAAAGGCGGCCGAGGAAGCUGCACGACUCGAGGAACAGCGAAGGAAGGCCGAAGAGCAGCGACUCCGAGCCGAAGAGAAACGCCGAAAGAAGGAGGAGCAGAAACGUCUCGAAGAGGAGGAGCGCCUCCGCAAAGAGACGGAGCGGCAAAGGCGUCUCCAGGAACAACAGGAGAAGCGUGCAGAGCAGGAACGCAAGGCUCGAGAAGCCAAGGAAAAGGCGCAGAAGCUCAAGGAGGAAGCUCGAUUACGUGAGAAGGAGGCUCGAGAGCAGAAAGAAAAGGAGAUGCGGGAGCGGAAGGAGAAGCAAGACCAGACCAAACGCGACAAGGAGGCCAGAGCCAAGGCCGAUCGGGAAGCCAAAGCUGACAAGGAGAGCAGCGAACGGCUCAAGCAGGAAGAGAAGGCGGCGCAAAAGGCCGCUACGAUCACCGCUGCUCCCAUCCCUAUUCCCAACUCGGGCCGGCGUCCAUCGCAACACCCAGUGCCGAUCCCGACGCACCCGCCCAACCCAGCAUCAUACGCUUCUCCAAAGAUACCCGUUGCGACGCCGGCCCUGCCCAAGGCUCCAACACCGAUCCGCCCCAAGCAUGCGUCCCAGCCCCUGGAAUCAAGCCUGCCGGAAUCUCAGGCUUCGCAGCCUGGCUCUACUGGCAGCCAGAACCCGUCACCGCACCCCGCAACGCCCGGCCACACGAGCCCGGCGCCGAUUGGGUCUCGGAAGACGAGCGUGGCAACCACGAGUUCACUACCACAUCCUCACUCAGUAUCGCCUUCCAGUAUCAAGGGACCGAUGCAGCCGGGUCCUUUUGGUAUGCCCAUGAGCAUGCCCCCCCCUGGCUUCGGAGUGCCGCCUCCAGGACUCGCAAACCGCAUGCACGACCCCAUCUUUGGUCCGCCCGGUAUCCCUGGCUUUGGCAGACCACCACCCGGCAUGAUGCCCGGCCCGCCCGGGCUCAACGGGCCCGCUGGACGCGGCUUCAUGCCGCACCCUCCUCCUGGUUUCGGACAGCCCAUGGGCGACCCGAUGCACAACAUGGCACCAGGGCCCGCGACACACUCAAGGCAGGCUUCUGGGAGCUUCGACCCGGCCUCGUCGCCGGCUCCGGCGCAACCCAUUGGAAGACCAGCGCCCAUUGGACGGCCCGGCAGCGUGGUGCAUGGGCAGCGCAACGACCAGCCAGACGACUUUGCCAACCAGCAUCUCGGCAGCAGCGCUCUGCUAGACGAUGCCGAGGACCCGAUGAACGCGGCCAUCAACGCGGCCAGGCACCGCAACCAGGUUCCGCGACCGGCGUUCCCGACCAUCCCGUUUGUUGGAGGCAUGGACAAUGGGUUCCACAACAUGCACAACAACGUAUGGGGGCCAUCGCCGAUGGGCUUCGUUCCGCCUCCCGGGCUGGGCAAUCCCACUUGGGGCAGCCCUAUGAUCCCGCCGAUGCCCUCGCUGGGUCAGAUCCGCACUGGUGGGAACCCUCGUUCGGUCACGGUUCGCCUGAUGCUGUGCCGUGCCUGCCAGGAGUUGCAAGCUCACAAUACCGACAGCGCCGAGCCAUUCGUAGAUCUGACGGCGAUUAAGGCCGAGGUGGACCAACUGAGCAGGACGGAGGCCAUCUCAGAAGAAGAUCUGCUGGCCCUUGCCGAAACGGAAGGCAACGCCCACAACGGCGGAGGCACUUUUGAGAUUCGGCGGGACGCAAACGGCCCCGGCAAGCACUCGGUCCGGUGGGUGGCCGAGUUCAAUGACAUGGCACAACCUCACCACAGAGCAGUGGGUGCCCCAGGCGAGAUCGGAAGCCCCAUCAUCGGCAGCGGCGCGGCGGCAUUCUUGGCUAGGGGGCAGUAG